AUGGACCCAUCCCUUCGAUCCCAUUAUCUUGCAGACCACCCUCCCACUGUUGUUCGAUUGGAGAUUGCACCUCACUUUGCCGCCCUUUCGCCUAAGCAAAAGCGUUAUGCCCAUCAUCUCAGUCGUGCGUCGUUUCUCGGUUCUCGCGUGACCUUGGCUCAAGUCUCGCCUGAGGCUCCCGUCAUUUACGAUCUCAUUCUUGCUCUUCAUCGUGCUUGCGGCGGCAACUACAAAAAGCUGUCUGAAGCCACCUCGAUCCCUUCUACCGAUAUUACACUAUGGCUCGAAUACUCGGCGCAGUUUCUGGGGAAUUGUGGCAAUUACAAGGGAUUCGGUGACUCCAAAUUCAUUCCACGAAUCUCGCCCGAGACGUUGACGACACUUUGCGAUGUCAACGACGAAUGCAGGAGGCUUCAUGAAAAGGCUACAAAGACAGGAGGCGGGAUAUAUGAGACGAAGGACGCGGCACUCAUGCAUUUGGGAUAUCCGGAAGCGGGACAUCUGUCGGCGUACUAUCCAGACUCGCCCACAAUCACGAAGGAGGAAAUUUCCAUCGUCGGGGAUGUAUUGGAAGAGAAGAAACUGCUGAUAGAGAACACUAGACUUCGAAAAUUGGAUUCGGGAGAUUUUGAAUUGCUUAUCGCGUCGGGCAUCUCAAAUCCUCCCGUGUCGGAGCGAGACUUGGGUGAUGUCUCGUCCAUUGAUCUCACAGGGAAGCUCUCGGGAAAGAAGCUGAACCUUGUUUUCGGUGAUUAUCAGGAUUCCAUGGCCAAAAUUGCUGUGGAGAUCAAGAAAGCGAGAAAAGUGGCGGCAAACGAAAUUGAAGAAAAGAUGCUGGACGAAUAUGCUCGGUCUUUUGGAUCUGGUAGUAUCCAAGGUUUCGUGGAAUCUCAACGAUGUUGGAUUAAAGACAAGAAGCCCCUGAUCGAGACCGACAUCGGCUUUGUUGAAACCUAUCGAGAUCCUCAUGGGGUGCGUGGUGAGUGGGAAGGAUUCGUUGCCAUGGUCAAUCAAGAACGAACUCGAGCUUUCGGCAAACUGGUCGAGGCGGCUCCGAGCAUGAUUCCCAAAUUGCCGUGGGGCAAAGAAUUCGAAAAGGACAAGUUUUUGAGUCCCGAUUUCACAUCGUUAGAAGUCCUGAGUUUCGCGGGAAGUGGCAUACCUGCCGGCAUCAAUAUCCCCAACUACGACUUUAUCCGACAGAAUGAAGGUUUCAAGAAUGUCAGCCUUGGAAACGUACUGAGCGCCAAAGCACCGGACGAGCCUAUCCCUUUCAUUCGCAAGGAGGACGAUCAAGUGUACCGCAACUGCCGUGACCCUGCAUUUGAGGUGCAGGUUGGCAUCCACGAGCUCCUAGGCCAUGGCUGCGGCAAGUUAAUGCAAGAAACGGCCCCUGGCGAGUAUAACUUCGACAUCAAGAAUCCUCCAAUCAGCCCCAUCUCCAACCAGCCGAUCACGUCGUGGUACAAGCCUGGUCAAACGUGGUCGAGCGUAUUCGGUGCAACUGCUUCAUCAUACGAAGAGUGUCGUGCUGAGUGCGUUGCCAUGGUCCUGUCGUGUGACUUUGAAAUUCUCCAGAUCUUUGGAUUUGGUGACGGCAAAGAAGAUAUCACUAAUGAAGCCGGCGACGUCCUCUACGUGGCUUACUUACAAAUGGCUCGAGCUGGGGUGGCUGCUCUUGAAUUCUGGGACCCAAAGUCGCGAAAGUGGGGACAAAUCCAUAUGCAGGCGCGGUUCGCCAUUCUUCGUAUGUUCCUGGAAGCUGGCGAUAAUUUCUGUGAAAUCAAGGCUGCUAAUGGCGACAUCGAAAAUCCUGAUGACCUCGCCAUCUACCUGGACCGAAGCAAGAUCUUAUCCCACGGUCGACCUGCAGUGGCAGCGUAUCUUCAGAAACUCCACAUCUAUAAGUCCACCGCAGACUAUGACGCAGGGAAGGCCAUGUAUGAUGAGAUCACCAAUGUGAACGAAUGGUGGGCCCAGACAGCUAGGCCGUUGGUUCUAAAGAAGAAGACUCCUCGAAAGGUGUUCGUGCAGGCGAAUACGGUGUUGGAUGAGAGUGGUGAGGUCCGGUUGGUCGAGUAUGAGCCGACCGUUGAGGGAAUGGUGCAGAGUUAUUUCGACCGAGAUGUGUGA